AUGAGGGCUCGCCGCAGCGAAACCGCGCUGCGCGCGCUGCUGCCGCGCACGCUCCUCCUCGCCGCCGCCGCGCUCGCGUGCUUCGCCCGCGGCGCGGCGGCGAUGUACGAGGACCAGGCCGGCACCUUCGACUGGCACCGCCAGCACGUGGGCGAGGUCGUGGCGGCGGGCUACGCGCCGGGGCGCGACCGGUUCUACGUCGCCACCUCGCAGUCGGUUGUCGCAGCAUUGUCUGCUGCCGAUGGCUCCAUCGCCUGGCGCCGCACAUACACAGACGACGACCCCCUCGGCGCCGCGCUGCCCGCCGCCCGCCCGGCCGCGCUCGUCGCGGCCAGCGGCGGCGGGCGCUACGUGCGCGCGUGGGACGCAAAUGGCGGGUUGAAGUGGGAGGGCCUCGCGGCGCCGGCGGCCGCCGCGGCGGGCGGGAGCACUGCGCUGGCAGCUGUCACCCUGCAGGACGGGCCGGGGGUCGCAUUGGUUGGCGGAGGGCUCGUCCAGGUCCGAGGGACGGCAAAGGGCGCCCUUGCUUGGUCUGCGCCCGGCCCAAGCUCCUCCGCGGAGGCGGGUGCGCUCAAUCUCGUGGCCGCGGCGCCAACCACGAGCGAGGCGCCAGGGGACAACGUGCUGGCGGUCAGCUUCGUGCCGGGGGCCAAGUCCGGCGGCGCCGCGCUGUUCAGCCUGAGCGGCGGCGAGGAAGGCGCCCAGCGCUGGGACCUGCGCAGCCCCGAGCCCCUGGGCCGCGCCGCGCUGCUGACCCAGGCCGGGCUGUUCGCGGCCAGCGCGUCCGGUGCCGCGGCGUGCGCGGCGGCGGCAGACUACGACGCAGCGGGCGCGGACCUGGACUGCCUGGACUUUGCGGCGCUGGCGGGCUGCGACGGCGGGUGCGGCGGAGAGGUGGCGGUCGCCAGCGCGGGCGGCGACGGGCGGGGCGCGUUCUACACGGUUCCUGGCGCGGGCGUCUUGCUGGUGUCUGUUGCUGACGGGGCGCUCCGGCUGGUGCAGCGCUUCCCGGGCGCCACUGCUGUGUCUCAGCCCUUCGUGAACGCGGCGGGCGCGACGCUCGCAGCCGUGUUCGGGGCCCCCACCGACGCAGGCGUGCCUGUCACCGUCGUCGACACGGCCAGCGGCGCGUCGGCCGCCUCCUGGACCCUCGCGGCCCCCUCCGCCCCCCACCCCGUCCACGGCCCGCCCGCCGCCGUCCGCGCCGCGUUCCCCGCCGCACCCCGCGGUGCCGGCGACGCGCCUGGCGCGCUCGACGCGGCGGCGCGACCGCUGCUGGUCGUGUGGAGCGACCACGCCCUCUCUUUCGCCAGGGGGCCGGCGCCGCCCGUGUGGGUGCGCGAGGAAGCGCUGGCGAGCAUUCAGUCAACGCUGUUCAUUGACCUUCCCGCCGCCAAGGGCGCCGCGGUGGCGGAGGGCGCGAAGGGGGGCGGGCUGUUUGGGGACAAUGUCAGGCGGUGGCUGCGGAUGCAGCUGCUGGCAGUUGUGGUCCAGUUCAAGCUGGGUGCUGACGAGGACAAGGCGGAGCUGGUGGCGCUUAGGGAGGAGCUGAGCAACAAGAACCUCAUGUACCGCGACCCCAACGGCUUCAGGAAGCUCAUCGUCGUCCUCACCGCCGCCGGCAAGGCCCUCGCCCUCCACAACGGCGACGGCCGCGUCGUCUGGGCCGCGCGCUACGACCCGGCGGCCCCGCCGACGCACCUCCUCCGCUGGCGGCGUUUCCACGACCUCACGCACGCGCCGCAGCUCGCACUGGUGCGCGCGGGCGCGGCGGCGGGCGCUGACGCGGAAGUGGGGCGGUCGUACGUGAGCGUGCUGGACGGCGGGUCCGGCCGGGAGCUUGAGCGGAUCGACGCGGGCAGCCCCGUGGAGAAGGUCAUCCCCCUGCCGGACCCCCUGCACGACGGCACAGCCGAACAAUUCAGCUACCUGCUCCUGCAGCCCGCACCCCCGGCCCCAGGCGCGUCCGGCUGCCCGCCGCCGCCGCCGUCCCGCGCCGCCCGCCUCGUGCCGGCCGGCGCGGCCGCGGCCGCGCGCUUCGCGGCGCUCGCCGAUCGGGUCUCGUUCUGGGUGCACGCCCCGCCGGCCGGCGGCUGCGCGGGCGGCGGCGCGCUCGCCGGGUACGGCUUUGGCGGCGCCGCAGCCUCGGCCCCGGGGGCGGAGGGCGGUGCCUAUGAGGCUGAGCUGAUCUGGAGCUUGGCUCUGCCCGGGAAGCUUCUGGCGGUGGCCGCGCGGGACCCCGCGGAGCCAAUGCACUCAGCAGUCAAGGUGCUGGGCGACCGCGCCCUCAAAUUCAAGUACACAAACCCAAACCUCGUGUUCCUCGCCGUCGAGGGCGCCGCGCCCGCCCGCGCCGCGCCGCGCCGCGGCGCGGCCGCCGCCGCCGCCGCCGCGGAGCCCGGCGUGACAGCGAUGGUUGUGAGCACUGAUGACGGCGCGGUGCUGCACCAGCAGGCGCACGAGGGCGCGGCGGGGCCCGUGCAGGCUGUCGCGUCUGAGCACUGGUUCGUGUACACGCACCUGGACACCGCGACAGCGCGGCAGCAGGCAACAGUCAUGGAGCUUUACGACGCGACUCCGAGGGACCUGUCUCUGGGCACUGUGCUGUCGUCCGUCUUUGGCGGCGAGGGCGGCGCGGUGGCCGGGGCGCGCGGCGGCGACGACAGCUCCACCCCGCUGGAGGUGCUCACGCAGUCCUACUACCUGCAGGUGCGCUCCAAGCUGCUGUCUGUGACCCAGACCCUCAGCGGCAUCAACAUCAAGCAGCUGCUCAUCGGCACGGUCGCAGACCAGGUAUACGCGAUGGACAAGCGUUUCCUGGACCCCCGCCGCCCCCUGCGCGCCAAGCAGACCCCCGAGGAGGCGGAAGAGCGCCUCAUGCCCUACGCAGAGCUGCUGCCCUUUGCGCCGCUGUCGGGGACAUGA